GGUUUUAUUGAUGAAGGUUGCACUAAAUUUUGGAUUAAAGAAAAAACGAAUAUUGCUGUAAAGCAACACAUCAUUAUUAUUGUUAAAUGUUCAACAAAAUAAAGCUGAUGUUUUUAAUAAUUACUUAUGACAAAUUUUACUUCAGUUUUGUGCUAAUCAAUUUAUUUAAAAGGUUAAUUGUUCUGGUUAAGGUCAAGAUAGCAAAAUUACAUUACUCAGAGUGAUUUUUGUUUAUUCGAUAUAAAUUUAGGAAAAUCAUAAAUUAAUCCAUUACAAAUUAUCCUUGAAUCAGUUCAUAACUGGGAAUGUUCCCAAGUUGGUCUACUAGUGCAUAUUUUUAGACCUUUGGUAUUAAAGAGACACUACUAUUUAAAUCUACCUAACUUGCCUAAAUUCAAAAUUUAGUCGUAUAAAAAAAGCCCUAAAUUAUGUAUAUCAAAAUCAUUACAAAAAUUAAUUAUUAUUGUCCAGGUACUCCUAGGUCAUCGACACCAACGCACUGCCAGUGGGUCACCAGGGAACAUAAGGUAAUACUACAAUCUAUACCAGACGCAGCGUCAUCAAAAGUUUAUAUGUAUAUAAAUAGUUGUUAAUUAACUGUUUAAUAAAAAUCAGAAUUAUUCCAACAAUGAUUCUUACAUGAUAUGAUACAAACUUCCCUGGUGUAUGUAUGUAACCCAACCUACAAACUACCAAGUGUUCUGAGCAUCCUCCUAAAUUCCAAUACAGGAAUUUACGUAACUUCUGGAAAAUCUGAUAAUAAAACUUUCGAAUUAUUUAUUUAUAGAAAUCACUGCAUACAAAGGCUAAACUUCAAAUAGUUUCUUAUUAAUUAUUGCAAUUUGAAAGGAAAAUUAAAACAGAGAAGAGAGUCUAAUUUCCUAGCGAUUUUUUUCCUGGGUGGUGGCCGACUCUGUUUUAUAGCUACCUUUCGUUUCGAAUUUCCUGGACUAUUGAAUUCUAUUCGCCAAUGUUUUAGUCAUCAGGCAGUUUUGCAAGAUUGUGCACAAUUUAUAAGUAAAAAAGUCAGUAGAAGGCGAAAUUUUCUAAUUCCUUAAACAGAUUGAAACUCCAAAACCAGUUGAAUGAUUAUUUGGUUUAUAAAUAAAUUGUUUUUUGAAGGUCAUGGUGUGCAGGUCGCAGCUAAAAAAGAUCAGCAAUUAUACAAUCAAUUAUAUUAAUUAUAAGAAUAAAUAUUUUUUUCAUUAAUUUAUCUAUAACAAAAUGAUAUCGAAAAUACUAAAGCCAAAUUUACAGUAGCCACUCCGACGAAAUAUUAGCGUGCAAAAAUACUCAAAUAAAUAAGCCUUUAGCUAAUCAACUUGACCAUGAACAUAAAUAUUUGAUAACAAAUAAUUAUUUAAUUGAACAGAAUCUCAAUAAUUCUUUAAUUUAACUUUGUAAAAAUGUGGUUUAAAAAAAUAAUUGCAAUAAUCUUCCUUAUCUAUGGUACAAUUGGUUUGGUCCUACCAUCAGACCCUUCUAUAAUUAUAGUAGGCAGUGGACCAGCUGGUAUAGCUGCAGCAACCAAAUUAUUAAAAAACAAUUUCACAAAAAUUAAAAUAUUAGAAGCUGAAAACAGAAUAGGAGGUCGUAUCAACAGCAUAAAAUUCGGAGAUGCUUAUGUGGACUUGGGUGCACAAUUUUGCCAUGGCCAAGAAGGCAAUAUUGUCUAUUCAAUGGUUAAGGAUUUUGAUAUAUUGAGGCCAUCUACUCACAAAUUUCAAAUGAUUCGCUCCAACGGAGAAAAGGUUGAUGAAGAAACUGCCAACAAAAUAAUGAAUUUUGCCGAAUUAUUAUUAGAAGCCUCAGAAGAAGAUCCUUUGCCUGAAUGCGAAAAUGCUAAGUCUGUUGGAGAAUGCUUGGAUAUUAGAUCCAAAGUAUUAGAAGAUUCUAGCAAAAACGACAAACAAAAAGAAAUAUUUUCCGAAGCUCAUCCAUGGGCAAAAUCUUAUAUUUCAGCCCUAGACGGUACUUUAGACUUGUACGAUUUAGAUUAUAACACAACCUACAAAACAUGUGGAGGUGAUUUAGGUAUGAACUGGAAUGGGCACGGUUAUAAAACAAUUUUGGAAAUUAUGAUGCAGAAGUAUCCAAACCCCGACCACCAGUUACCAAUAGACAAUAAAAUUUUCCUUGAACAAACUGUGGCAAAUAUUUCCAAUUGGCAAAAUGAUAAUAGAGUAACUGUUACUACAACAGAUGGCACAAAAUAUGAAGCUGACCAUGUAAUAUUCACCCCAUCUGUUGGUGUACUAAAGGCUAAUCAUGAAGAGUUAUUCACGCCAGCUUUGCCUGCAGACAAAAUAAGUGCAAUUAAAAAUACUGGAUUUGGUGCUAUUUUAAAAGUAAUUGUACAUUUUAAUCAAAGAUGGUAUGAAAAUAAUCCUACGUGGGCUUUUUUUUGGACUGCUAAAGAUGUAGAUGAGCUUGAAGAGAAAAAUUUAGAAUGGCUUUUGGACAUGGAGGGUGUGGUUCAAGCUGAAAACAACCCGAAUGUACUAGUUUUUUGGUACUCUGGCAGCCACGUUCCACUUAUUGAAACCUUAUCAGAAGCAACAAUAAAAGAAGCUCAUGAAUACCUUAUAAAUAAAUUUUUAGCUCCGCAUUAUAAUGUUACAAUGCCAGAUAAGUAUAUAAGGACAACAUGGUUUAGUAAUCCCAAUUUCCGUGGAACUUAUUCAUAUGAAUCGGUUAAGGGCCAUUCUGGAGGCCAAUACAACCUGCAAGAAAAACUAGGAAGUCCUCUGAUGAAUGAGGAUGGUAAACUUACUUUACUAUUUGCUGGUGAAGCUACGCAUCCACAUUAUUUUUCCACUGUACAUGGAGCAAUUGAAAGUGGAUAUAGAGAAGCUGACAGACUCAUAGAAGUUUACACAAAAUAAAAU